AUGCAGCAACCAAUAGUCGGCAUGCAAAAUCCCUUCCCUCAAUUUGGAAAUGGCCAAGGUGGACCCUGCAUAUGUUCACUCGGCGGUCCUAGCCUGCCAAAUUUCCUCCCACCCCAGCAACCUUCAUUCAUCGGUAUGCUGAAUAUGGGCGGUCAAGGACCGCUAUUUGGACUUGAGCAACAUCAUAUGCUGUACCCACCCCAGGUUAUUCCCGGUGGGCAAUUUAUUCAGCUUCAACCUGUACAUAUAGUCAUUCAGCCUCAACCUAUACAGCCAGUCACUCAGCCUCAGCCUGUACAGCCAGUCACUCAGCCAGUCACUCAGCCUCAACCUAUACAGCCAGUCACUCAGCCUCAGCCUGUACAGCCAGUCACUCAGCCAGUCACUCAGCCUCAACCUAUACAGCCAGUCACUCAGCCUCAACCUAUACAGCCAGUCAUUCAGCCUCAGCCUGUACAGCCAGUCACUCAGCCAGUCACUCAGCCUCAACCUAUACAGCCAGUCACUCAGCCUCAACCUAUACAGCCAGUUAUUCUGCCUCAACCUGUACAGCCACAGGUUUGUAGUAUUUGUCCUCAGGGACCUGCUGGUCCACAAGGGCCACAGGGGUCUCCAGGGCCGCAGGGACAAGUGGGUGCUCAGGGGCAGCAAGGGCCUCAAGGGAAGCAGGGUGAUCAGGGUGUCAGGGGUCCCCCUGGUGCUGAUGGAAAACAGGGCCCUGUUGGGCUCCCUUGUACUUCAGGGUGUGCAAAGCCAGAUUCAGGGAAAGAUCAAGGCCUACAUCCUGGAGGAAUCGCCAAAGGAGAUGGUGCAAAGUUUCAAGAGACUGUACCUCCUACGAGCGGCAACGGAAUUGCCGAUGGGAAUGGCGCAAAUUUCGAUCAAAAUCUGCCCACCCCCGCUGUCCAAAAUGGAAUUGCCAAUGGCAAGGAUCCAGCACUUGGGAACUCUAUACCUCCAGUGGCAGAAAACGGAAUCGCCAGCGGAGAUGAUGCAAAGUACGAUGACAAUGUGCCAAAGCCUAGUGACCAGACAGGUAUUGCCCAAGGGGAGGGUGCAAACCUCGAAGAUACUGUGCCUAAGCCAGUGGUCAAUUGA